AUGAAAUUGCUCAGCAGAAACACGGCUGACGAUGCCAAAGUCAGACUCCCUGUUAUCAGUCCGACCCAACUCACAGGAAGUGAAAAUGAGCGGGAAAACAACCCACACAGCAUGGACAAAGUUCACAGCUUCCACGGCGUGUCCGGUGGCGUCGACCUCUCCCCUCAGCUCCCCUGCAGCUCCUCUCAGCUCCUCUCAGCUCCCCUGCAGCUCCUCUCAGCUCCUCUCAGCUCCUCUGCAGCUCCUCUGCAGCUCCCCUGCAGCUCCUCUCAGCUCCUCUCAGCUCCCCUGCAGCUCCUCUCAGCUCCUCUCAGCUCCCCUGCAGCUCCUCUCAGCUCCUCUCAGCUCCCCUCAGCUCCCCUGCAGCUCCUCUCAGCUCCUCUCAGCUCCCCUGCAGCUCCUCUCAGCUCCUCUCAGCUCCUCUCAGCUCCCCUGCAGCUCCUCUCAGCUCCUCUAAGCUCUCCUGCAGCUCCUCUCUGUGUCCUCAGAAGUGAAGACGCUGUAAACCAGAUGGCCGUCCCCCCCUUCUCGACUCCCCCUCCUCCCCCUGUCCUGAGCGCUGAGGUCACAACACACCCACAGGACGAGACGAGCGACGAAGCGGAACAGAACAACAACAACAGAAGCAGCAACGGCGCCGCCAAGACUCUGAGAGAGGCCGACACUUUCAAAAAGAGGCCAAACGUUGCAGAGUCUCCAGAAAACGAGUUUCUGGCUCCGAGGGCGUCGCUGGAGCAGCAGUCCUGCAGGUCUCACAGCAGCUCCAGUAAACCGACAGCAGCAUCUCCUCCUCUGAUCAGCCCCGACCUGCAGACCGCCAACAGAGACCCAUCAUGCUGUGCGGUGGUUCCUGGCCAGGAGACGCUGCUGGAGAUCUGUAAAGGUCGAUCAGGACUCGGACUCAGUAUAGUGGGAGGAAGAGACACACAGCUGGACGCCAUAGUGAUCCAUGAGGUUUAUGAAGAAGGAGCUGCAGCCAGAGACGGACGACUGUGGGCAGGAGACCAGAUACUUGAGGUGAACGGGGUGGACCUCCGCGGUGCGUCCCACGAGGAAGCAAUCGCCGCGCUGCGUCAGACGCCAGCGAUGGUUCGCAUGACGGUGCUGAGGGACGAGGCUCAGUACAGAGACGAGGAGAACCUGGACGUCUUUAAGGUGGAGCUGCAGAAGAAGAGCGGCAGAGGGCUGGGACUCAGCAUCGUCGGGAAGAGGAGUGGCAGCGGCGUGUUUAUCUCUGAGGUGGUCCGAGGGGGCGCUGCAGAGCUGGACGGUCGCCUGAUGCAGGGGAGAUCAGAUUCUGUCAGUCAACGGAGACGACACGAAACACGCCUCCCAGGAAGCUGUCGCUGCCAUCCUGAAGAUGAGUCAUGUGAGUGGGAGCAGCUCAGGUGUUGUGGCUCCGCCCCUCAUGCAGACCCCGACAUCAUGUGA